AUGUUUACUUGUUUCUAUGCUCUGAUUUUAAUAAUAAUUGGUUUGGUGCUGGAGCUAUCACAUCUUCUGAACGAUGAUGUGGAACUUAUUCGCACUGGACAAGCCAGGGAUAUGAUAUUUAGCAUUUACAUGUACGGGGGAUCACUGAUGUUUUUUUCGUAUUGUUACGCGGUAUUACUGAAUUCUCGUAUGUCGCGGAGUAUACUGGACGGAGUUCGGCGAGCCACUGAAAGAACGUUAAAAUUAGAUGCGACACUUAACAGUGAGGGAAAGCCGGUGUUGAAAAGGACUGCAACGUUGUCCUCGGAAUCAGCCAGAAAAGCCAGAAAA